GCGCGACCAAUCAAAUAACAACAAAAACACGAUUGUUGAGCAGAGCAGCAAAGAGCGAUUCUUGUGACGAGGGUGCAACGUGAUGCAGUUUUUCGCACUUUUCCGAUUCUCUGCCAGCACUGGUAAAAGAGUGACCUGCUCAGAAAGUUCCCUGGGCAGUAAGUUGUAAAGCCUGUAACGAUGUCAAACCCGGAAGACCGACCCAGGUAAAUAAUGCGCACUCAUGUUACAAAUUUCCUCUUCAGCAGGAAGAGGUCGAUGAGAGACUGUGACGAUGGCGCCUGCGACUUUGCGCCCUUAUCCAAGAGGAUAAACAAUCUGCACUUGACUAGACCACCCCAUCAAGACCCUUUCCAGGGUGGAUCCAAGGAGGAUGAAGUCCAUCAACAUCCUCAACACCCCCAUCACCAGCAAAAUGGCCACAUGAAUGGAUUCAACGGCCAAGUGAUGCACAACAACAGCCCUCACAAUCAGCAGAACCCCGAGCCAGACCCAAGCUGGAUCACGGAUCAGAUGAUCGCUCAGUAUGCCCCUCAAAUCGACCAAGUCGACAGCCCAUACUACUACGAGCACAACAAAUUGCUGUUUGCACUGUACCUUGAGAGACUGCAGAGAAACCCUCAGAAUAGACCCCUGUCUUGAAAGCUAUAACUUUCUCACUUCAAUCAUUUAGAUGGCUCUCUACAGUUUUGGUAACUUUCGGCCAAAAAAAAUAUUAUUAAAAUUUUUACUUAAACAUUCAUAAUUCGUUAAAAAAAAAUUACGCACUUAAAAUUAUAAUUAGUAAGUAAUGAAAGAGUCACUUUGAUUUUUAUUUUAUUUUAGAGCACUAAGAGCCACUAAAACUUAAUAAUAAACUGCCGACCCUGAUACGAAAGCCAACUGAGAACACUGAGUGUGAAUAAUAUCUUAGUGAGUGACUCGGCGUGAAUGCAUUAAAAGUGUUAAUUAUUCGUUGAUAAGUGUGAUUAUAGCAGGUUAAGAAAAUGUGAUUUUGAUGAGUAAGAAAAGUUAAUAUCCAAAGCUAAUAAAAAUAUGAAAAAUAUUUUAA